CCGUGUCCGCAUGCGCGGAUUAGCCGCGGGGGUGGUACUGCUGCAUCCGGGUGUCUGGAGGCCGUGGACGUUUUGUUUUCUUGGCUGAAACCGGUGGAGUGAGGCGGCCGCGCGCGGCGCUACACCGGGCUCCGGAACCACUGCACGACGGGGCUGGACUGACCUGAAAAAAAUGUCUGGAUUUCUAGAGGGCUUGAGAUGCUCAGAAUGCAUUGACUGGGGGGAAAAGCGCAAUACUAUUGCUUCCAUUGCUGCUGGUGUACUAUUUUUUACAGGCUGGUGGAUUAUCAUAGAUGCAGCUGUUAUUUAUCCCACCAUGAAAGAUUUCAACCACUCAUACCAUGCCUGUGGUGUUAUAGCAACCAUAGCCUUCCUAAUGAUUAAUGCAGUAUCAAAUGGACAAGUCCGAGGUGAUAGUUACAGUGAAGGUUGUCUGGGUCAAACAGGUGCUCGCAUUUGGCUAUUCAUUGGUUUCAUGUUGGCCUUUGGAUCUCUGAUUGCAUCUAUGUGGAUUCUUUUUGGAGGUUAUGUUGCUAAAGAAAAAGACAUAGUAUACCCUGGAAUUGCUGUAUUUUUCCAGAAUGCCUUCAUCUUUUUUGGAGGGCUGGUUUUUAAGUUUGGCCGCACUGAAGACUUAUGGCAGUGAAAACAUCCGAUUUCCCACAGCACAACAUCCCUGCUUUUGGGUUUGUUUGUUUUUUUACUGUUCACUCCCAAUCUUUUGUAAUGCCGUUUUCUAAACUUAUUUCUGAGUGUAGUCUCAGCUUAAAGUUGUGUAAUACUAAAAUCACGAGAACACCCUAUUUAAACAACAACCAAAAAUCUAUUGUGGUAUGCACUUGAUUAACUUAUAAAACGUUAAAGCAAACUUUCACAUGAAUAAUUUUUGUCAAAUUUUAUCAUGGCAUAAUUUGUAAAAAUAAAAAGAAAUUACAAAAGAAAUUAUGGAUUUGUCAGUAUAAGUAUUUGUCAUAUCUGAGGUCCAAAACCACAAUGAAAGUGCUCUGAAGAUUUAAUGUGUUUAUUCAGAUGUGGUCUCUUCUGUGUCAAAUGUUAAAUGAAAUAUAAACAUUUUUUAGUUUUUAAAAUAUUUCAUGGUCAAAAUUCUUCCUCACUAUAAUUGGUAUUUACUUUUACCAAAAAUUCUGUGAACAUGUAGUGUUUGAGUGGCUUUUGAGGGUCUCCCAAGGUGUGAGUGGACGUGUUGGAAGAGAGAAGCACCAUGGUCCAGGCACCAGGCUCUCCACAUCCCUUCUGUGGGAAGCUCUUCCGCUGUGCCUCCCAUUCCAAGGGCAGGAGGAUAUGACUCAGCCAUGACAUGUGGUUCUGGUGGGACGCACAGUCACACCACUUCCACCGUUGAACGAGAGAGGAGAAAAGGAGAGAGAUUUGACACUCCGGUCUUACACAGGGGACAAUUUCUUUGUAGUUGUUCUGAUAAUAAACCGGGUUCCAUGUUUCAUUUCAUCUGUAUACUGAACCACUAGCCUAAUAGACCAGCACGGUCAACUAGAAUGACAAACAUUAGCUACUGGGAACUCUGGUUGUCUCUUUCUCUUCGGAACUCUUGUCCCCACAGGCUCCCCACCUCUGCAAGAUGGGAUACGCUCUUCAGAACCACAGUUUGAAAUGUCUUUCAUAACGUGCUACAAUUAGCCUUCAGAAUAUUUGCUGGGUGAUUUAAAUGUGUGGGUCUCUUUUCCAUGCUAGCAUCAUCAUCUGACAGUCUCUAUGCUGUGAAUAUUGCCUGGCGAUCAAGACUCUUCUCAAAGAAAUAACUUGCUGUCAUCCCACAUGAACUCCUGAUGUUUUUUCUACAAAAGUCCAUAAAAUGUGAAAAUUGGAGAAGAUCUUAGAGGUUGAAGUCUACCUUCUCUUUCACACAGGAGGGAACCCGGACCAUGGAAAUUUAAGUAACUUCCUCACGGUCACAGAACUAGUUUUUUAAUCCUCAGGCAGUGCAUCCCCCCACCCUAUAACUGGGCACAACCUCUUUCCCCACAGUGCAAUUCAGAAUAUGCUCAGGGAAUGCCAGCCACCUUGUAAAACUGCUGGGAUAAAAGCAUGAUUCCCACAAGGACUAAGUAUCAGUGAUUUGUAAUUUUCCUGUUUUGUACUAUCUGCUUUGCUCAUGUAGACAGGAGUUAACUGGGUAGCAUACUUUAUUAAGCAUGAGAAAGAAUCUUAAGAAUUGUCAAUAAAAUUAACCCAAAACUUUAAUAAUGUGUCUGUAACCAAGAAAAUAUUGAUAGCAUCAUCCUAAUGAAACUAAACAUUUAUUUUAAACUUAUUAAAUUGACUCUUAAACUAA